CUCCGGAAGGUCAGAGAGUUCGCACUCCUACUCGCCCGCCCGCAGCUCGGUCCACCCCGGUCCAGCCACAAUGUCCAUCCACUUCGGCUCCCAGCUCUUCAGCUCGCGGUCCGCCUCUUUCCCGGGGCGCAGCGCCCAGGUGCGCUUGAGCGCGGCGCGCCCGGUGGGCUUCAGCAGCAGCCUCUACGGCCUGGGGGCCUCGGGGCCGCGCGUAGCCGUGCGCUCAGCCUAUGGGGGCCCAGUGGGCGCCGGCAUCCGCGAGGUCACCAUCAAUCAGAGCCUGCUGGCCCCAGUGCGGGUGGACAUCGACCCAUCCAUCCAGCAGUUGCGCCAGGAGGAGCACGAGCAGAUCAAGACCCUCAACAACAAGUUCGCUUCCUUCAUCGACAAGGUGCAGUUCCUAGAGCAGCAGAACAAGCUUCUGGAGACUAAGUGGGCGCUGCUGCAGGAGCAGAAGUCGGCCAAGAGCAGCUGCCUCCCGAGUAUCUUUGAGGCCCAGAUUUCUGGCCUGCGGCGGCAGCUGGACACACUGCAGGCCGACAGGGGGCGCCUGGAGACGGAGCUGCGGACCAUGCAGGACGUGGUGGAUGACGUCAAGAAUAAGUUUGAAGAUGAAAUCAACCGGCGUGCAGCUGCUGAGAAUGAGUUUGUGGUGCUGAAGAAGGACGUGGACGCCGCCUACACGAACAAGGUGGAGCUGGAGGCCAAGGUGGACGCCCUGACUGACGAGAUCAACUUCCUGAAGAAUAUCUAUGAGAUGGAGCUGAUGGAGCUGCAGGCCCAGAUCUUGGACACGUCCGUGGUCCUCUCCAUGGACAACAGCCGCUCCCUGGACCUGGAUGGCAUCAUCGCCGAGGUCAAGGCCCAGUACGAGGACAUCGCUAACCGCAGCCGGGCUGAGGCCGAGAGCAUGUACCAGACCAAGUUUGAGACCCUCCAGGCACAGGCUGGGAAGCAUGGGGACGACCUCCGGAACACCCGAAAUGAGAUUGCAGAGAUGAACCGGAUCAUCCAGAGGAAGCAGUCUGAGAUUGAUAACAUCAAGAACCAGCGUGCCAAGCUGGAGGCUGCCAUUGCCGAGGCCGAGGAGCAUGGGGAGCUGGCCCUCAAGGAUGCACACGCCAAGCAGGAGGAGCUGGAGGCCGCCCUGCAGCGUGCCAAGCAGGACAUGGUGCAGCAGCUGCGCGAGUACCAGGAGCUGAUGAACACCAAGCUGGCCCUGGACGUGGAGAUCGCCACCUACCGCAAGCUGCUGGAGGGCGAGGAGAGCCGGUUGGCUGGAGAUGGAGUGGGAGCCGUGAACAUCGCAACGGUGAAUUCCACUGGUGGCCGUGGCAGUGGGCUGGUCCUCGGGGGAACCAUGGGCAGCAAUGCCUUGAGUUUCUCUAGCAGCGGGGGCCCCGGGGCCCUGAAGGCCUAUUCCAUCAGGACCACAUCUGCCACCCACAGGAGUGGCCGCAACUGAGCCCCAGGUGUGGGAGACCCCCAUCCUCCUUCUUUCCCCCAGCCGCAGGAGGACGCCUAUUUUCUGGUCCCAAGGCUGCCAAAUGUCUGAAAAGUGCUGUCACUGUAGCCUCCAAUAAAGCAGCCUCUUUCUGAGGCCCAGGUGAACUCCG